AUGAAUACUUUACUUGAUAUCGAAUAUUGGACGAACAUGAAUAAGACAACUUCUCCGUUAAGUUGUCGAUUUACAAUAAGACGAACACCUCGUCGGAAACUGGUGUUUUCUUCAAGCGACGAUGAAGCAGAUGAUAGUCCACAAUCGAUAAGUUCAGUACUGAAUGUCCGACAAGAAUAUCAUCACUCGAUUAUUCAAGAUGAACAGUUGUCGAUGAAAUCAGAAAUGACAACAGCAAAUAUCGUUACACGGACGAAAUUAGAACACUACGGCUUUAAUACGCUUGCACGACCAGCUUCAUUGCGGCUAAGCAAACGACUACCAUUAGCGGUGCAAAAUCCAAAUAAGAAAGUUCGUUCAAGUGAAUCACAACAUUCAAUGCAAACACGUUCACAAUCAUCAUCGGAUUCGCAUUCAGAUAAUCUUGUGAAUUUAUUCGACAAGACUCUUUCGACAGUGACACCAAAUCCUGUUCGUGAUCGACAACGACGAUUAAAACCAUUACCUCUCUGUUUGUCUGACAACGACAAGAACAUGCCAAUUUUAACAGUUCAAACGCCAGAAGAGAAUUCCAACAAACGUACUUAUGAUGAAGACGAAAACAGUGAUCAUUGUCGUUCAAUAAAACGCAGUAGAAUCUUCGAAGAAAACAACAAAGAAAACAAUCUUUUUAUCAAACGUUCUCGGCGCGGCGUUGGCUUAAUUCGUAGUUUGACAGAACCCAGCGAAGAACAAGUCAAAGUAUCUGUUGAACUCGGGACAAAUCGAGAUUUAAUUGGUGAUCGUUCACGGUCGUAUCUUCUACCGAGAUGUAAGAGUCGCAAACAUCCAGAUUUAGCUUGCAUAAGUCCGGAAACGAUGGUUGAUGUUUUAAACAAGAAAUACUCAUCUGAAAUUGAAACUUUGCACAUCAUUGAUUGUCGGUAUCCAUAUGAAUAUGAAGGUGGACAUAUCGACUCAGCGAAAAACCUUUACACACGUUCACAAGUACACGAUGCGUACUUUCGGCAACCAUUGCAAUUGAAUGAUCCUUCCAAACGAAACAUUUUCAUUUUUCACUGCGAAUUCUCAUCAGAGCGUGCACCAUCACUAUUGAGAUACUUUCGAUCAGAAGAUCGCAAUAUCCACGAAAGAAGUUAUCCACAACUACACUAUCCAGAAAUAUACCUUCUCGAAGGCGGUUACAAAGCAUUUUUCGAAUACUCUAAAGAAUUCUGUGUACCAAAACAAUAUCGAUUGAUGAUCGAUGUGGAUUACCAGGAACAAUAUCGACAAUAUCGAUUUGAGACGAAACAAUACGAUAAGUUUACAGGUGCAAAUGAGACGACAGGUGGAGGACGACGAACGCGCGGAUUGACAUUUCGUUCUUGUCUUUCAUUUUCUUCUCAAACAACUCAAGCUCGCUCGUCAAAUAUUCGAUAUGAUCUACGGUACAUCGGAUCACCAUCCUAA